AUGCCAGAAUUCAAUGUUGAUGUUGAUAUGAAGAACACUUCAUUUGAGGUAGGAUUAGUGUUUUCUUCAGGGAAAGAAUUCAAGCAUGUUGUGAAGGAAUACGCAAUUAUGAACGGAAAGGAAAUAUUCUUCAAAGUGAAUGAUUCUCAUAGGGUUCGGGCCAAAUGUAAAGGCAUCCAAUGUCCUUGGAUGUAUUUUUCCUCAAAGAUCAAUAGUGAUAGUUCGGCAUUUGCUAUCAAAAGUUAUAUUGAUGUCGACAAAUGUUCAAUGAAAAAGCAUAAAAGAUUUGCCACUACCAAAUGGUUUAGCAAUAAGUACUUAACUGAAUUCAAAAGCAAUGAAAAUUGGAAAAUUGCUUCCUUCAUGCAGAAAGACUAUGCUGAGGAAAUUAAGUACACUAAUAAGGGCUCCACUAUUGAGUUCGUGACAGAAGUUGGAGAUAAUGGGAAUCCACAGUUUAAGAGAAUGUACAUUUGCUUUGUUGGUUUGAGAGAUGGAUUUAAUGCCAGAUGCAGGCCAUUGAUAGGCUUAGAUGGUUGUUACAUAAAAGGACCACGUAAAGGGCAAUUGCUAACUGCAAUUGGGAUAGAUGCAGAGAACGGUAUUUAUCCUGUUGCAUUUGCUAUUGUCGAGAUUGAAAAUAAGGAGACAUGGAACUAG